CGUAAACGUUAACACCGGUGAGCCGCACCCGGUGUUCAGUUAGGGGUUACCGCUUAGCGGGCCCUUGUUCCUUUAAGUAACAUUAAUAUUCGCCGACUGACCGUCCUUUCAGUGUUCAGCUUCAAAAUGGAUCUUCGUUUUGCUAUUGGGCUUACGAUUUGCCUAUUGGCUGGGCAAUCGCUCGCCUCGCCGCGUUUGGGCGUGGAGCGGCAAGGGCGGGUCGAUGCGCCAGCCCCACCAAGAUGGCCCGACGCCUACGAGAUGGAGUACACCUUGACGCUUCCGUAUGUGGAAACGUUUCAAACUGGCGGCCUAAAGUACCCUGUCCAUGUGUGGUGGGAUGGCCCCAACCAGCGCUACCGCCUAGACGUGUACGGUGGCAUGGACAGCAGCGGCUACGAUAACACCAAGGGUAUCUCCUGGAACCUCUACCCGCGCAUCUCGGAGGUCGUGUGCGACUUCAGCAACGGCACCGCCGGACCCACCAUCACAUCCGCCAUCACCGGCGGCGGCAGCAGUGGCGGGGUGCCCCGGCGCGCUCGGCUGCAGGAGGGUGGAUCCAGCACGCCUCUGCCCGACAUCAGCGGCUGGUCGUACGCGGGUACGGCGGCACUGGGCAACGCACAGGCGCUGGUGUGGCAGCUGUCCAGCCGCACGGGCGAGAAGACCGCCACCUACACCCUCUACACGGCGCCCAACGGCUGGCCGCUGAGGUUCGACAUGAUGGGACUCAACGUGCUCACAGGCUCCCACUUCGAUGAGUACAUCAUUGAGUUCACGCGCUUCAAGCCCGGCACCCCGCCUGACGCCGCCUUCGCCCUGCCGGCGGCAUGCGAGGAGGAGGGGCAGCAGCAGCAGCGGGGGGGCAGCUCACAGGGGCAGGGGCAGGGCGGGCAGGUGGGCGGCAGUCUGGCUGCACAGCUGGCCACGUUGCUGCCCUCGGUGCGGCUGGGGGCAGUCUCCGCUUCCGCCUCCUCCUCCGGCCCGCUCUCCCUGCUUCGCGCCCAGUCCCUCUCCGCCCUGGCCGCGAACACCCGCCUGGUGGCGCAACACAACCAGCAGCAGCAGCAGCAGCAGCAGCUGAAGCAGACCGCCCUUUCUACCUCCUCUGCCUCCACCCCCACCCCUCCCACCCCCACCUACUCGCUGUCGCUCAACCACUUCGCGCACCUCUCCCACGAGCAGUGGGCCGCCACCAUGCUGGGACUCAACAGGAAAACCAAGACCACCCAACAACAGACCCAGCAGGGCGCCAACACCGCCUCCGCCUCCACCUCCUCCUCCUCCACCUCCUCCUCCCCCCGCAAGCGCGCCUACUACCGCCGCGUGCUGUCCGACUCGCAGCUGCCCCCCGCGGUGGACUGGCGGGGUAGCGGGGCGGACGGGCCGGGGGUGAAGGACCAGGUGUCGUGCGGCAGCUGCUGGGCCUUCAGUGCAGUGGGCGCCAUGCAGGGGGCCUGGUUCCAGGCAACUGGCCAGUCGCUGUCCUUCAGCGAGCAGCAGCUGGUGGACUGCUCCUGGGAGUACGACAACAACGGCUGUGCGGGAGGCAACGUGGAGCCCGCCCUGCAGUACGUGGCGGAUGCGGGCGGCAUCGCGCAGGAGGCGGACUACCCCUACCUGGGGCAGAACGCGUUCUGCAGGGCCCCUGCGCCUUCUCCCUCCAACACCUCCUCCUCCCUCUCCUCCUCCCGCUCCUCCCCUCCCGCCCCCCUGUCCGGCCGCUUCUCCGGCUUCCUCAACGUGCCCCCCCGCGACGAGGGCGCGCUGAUGGAGGCGCUGGCGCUGCACGGCCCGGUGGCGGUGGUGAUGCACGCCGCGCUGCCGCCCUUCAAGUUCUACAGCGAGGGGGUGUACUACAAUGACAAGUGCAAGACGGACCCCGACCACAUGGACCACGCCAUCCUGCUGGUGGGGUACGGCAGCACUGCGGAGGGGGUGGACUACUGGCUCAUCAAGAACAGCUGGUCCAAGUACUGGGGCAUGGACGGCUACGCGCGCAUCGCCCGCAAGGGUAACGACUGCGGCAUCACCACCGACCCCGUGCUGGCGCUGGUGGAGCCGGGGGUGGGGGAGCAGGGGGUGGGGGUGGAGCAGCAGCUGGAGCAGGUGGAGCAUCAGUAAAGGAGGGGUUGCAAGGAUGUCGGGAAGUGUACUAGUAUUUGACGGUCGUACAGUAAUAGCAGCAGCAGUAGCAGCGGGAUGUUCCAUUCCCGAGCAGGGGUGG